AUGGCAAUUCACAAAGUGUUCAUAAUAUCCGGGAGUCACAUCUUCUCUCACAGAAAUACCAGCUCGUAUCUGAGAGGUAACACCUUGUACGACAGUGCCGGUGCGUCACCACCAAGGGUGUCGUCCUGUCUACCAUCCAGAUCGAGAACUACUACUCCAAGUAAUACUGAACUCACAUUUGGUAACUCGUAUUGCAAUUAG